AAAUGUUUGGAUGUUCAAAGGGAAAGGAAGCACAUGGAUGAUCGAGGAAAAGCUGGAGGGAUCUUUCCAAAAACUUAUCAAUAAUGACAUGACGUAUUUGAAUGUUCCUGAAGAUCUUGCAGAAGAUCAAAACAAAGCAAUAGCGCUUGCUCACUUUAGCUACGAGUUUACUGAACAAGAAGCACUUAUCACUGAUUUACAAGGGGUGGGCCUUCYGUGGACUGAUGUAGAAAUCGCAACAAGGACAAUAAAUGCCGAAAGAUACUUUGGAAUUGGUAAUCUAGGAAGAAAACCACACAAAAGAUUCAUCGACGAACAUAAGUGCAACAAGUUCUGCAAGUUUCUGCGUCUCCCAAAUCUUAUUCCAAGAUGCAUAAGAGAAGAAGAACAUGAAGGAGAAGGGAAGAAAAAGCCUGCCCCUGAGGACAGCGCUAGUAGUGGCUACAACGAACGAAAGAUGAAAGCAAAUAGAAAUGAUCCAUUGAAAAAUGCCUAAAUGCCUUAAUGGUACAUAUUAGCAGUGGUUUUUACAAUUUCAGCUAAUAAACAAAUUUUGCGGCAAAUUAUGAUCGCAGCCAUGUUGAAUUGCGACUCAGUGGAGUCACUAUCUCAUGUAUCGCUUUAACGAAUACUCUCCUAGCUUCUUGGAUCCCUGCGCCAUCAUGAAAGGUGGCCGUUCCGUUGAAUCGAAUCGACACAACCGUUGAGCGUGCAAUGAUAGAUACCCAUGAAUAAUUGUCUGUAGGUGUGAAAGAAGGUUUCUAUCAAUAUGAGCUCAACGGUCAUUCGCCUCGAUGCAAAGGCACGGUUACCUUUCAAGAUGGCGCAGGGAACCUUGAAGGAGACUAUUGCGCAUUUUUGACUGAGGCAUGUAAUCUUAUUGACAAACAAUUAAAAAAUUCCUCGAAAAACAAUUGUACCCACCAUCGUACGUAGUGUCUAAAAAUUAUUUACAAUUUUGUACAUYAUCGCAAGGCGUCAUGCUCUCAACACAAUUGUGUUAUACCCAAUGUAAUAAUCAACAAAACAGCGAUUAA